CAGGGCCAUUUUACUGCUGUCACCACCAGUGCCGGCCGGCGAGGCGCAGAGACCGAGACCGACAGAGAGAGAUCACCGUCAAAACCACAUUGUCACCGACAGACAUACACGGCAACAACAAGUAUCGCAAACCCUGCCUUUUUUAUAUAUAUAAAAUAUAUAUAUAUAUAUAUAAAAAAUACUAGAUCGAAGUAUUCUUCAUGAGCUGCUGGCGGUUGCCUGAUACCACCCCGAUGUGUGGAGCACUGGUCUGAUUUUUUUCUCUCCAGAGCCUGGCGCUGUGAAGUGAAGGAGGAAGGACUUUUUCUUCCCCCCUCCCCCCCCCUGAACUUGGUGAAGUGUCCAAAGCGUCGUGUGUGUGUUUGUUUCAUCGCCUGCCUGCUGCCUGCUGCCUGCUGCCUGCUGGCUACUUGGCCUUUCCCAGCAGCUGCUUUCCUUUAAUUUUCUUUCCCCCUGGUUUGUUUUAUUUUGUACCCCCCCUUCCCCCCUCUCCCUUCCUCUCCCUUUUCUUCCUUCCUUCCUUCCUUCCUUCCUCCCUCGGCCUUUCUGCCGCCCACCACCAUGGCUCAGCAGCAGAUGACGAGCUCUCAGAAGGCCUUAAUGUUGGAGCUUAAGAGUUUGCAGGAGGAGCCGGUGGAAGGUUUCAGGAUCACUUUGGUGGACGAGUCCGAUCUCUACAAUUGGGAAGUAGCGAUCUUCGGUCCCCCCAACACGCUCUACGAAGGAGGCUAUUUUAAGGCUCAUCUGAAAUUCCCAAUAGAUUACCCAUAUUCUCCACCAACCUUCAGAUUUCUGACAAAAAUGUGGCACCCAAAUAUUUAUGAGAAUGGUGAUGUUUGCAUUUCAAUACUCCACCCACCCGUGGACGAUCCCCAGAGUGGUGAACUCCCAUCUGAGAGGUGGAAUCCAACUCAAAACGUCAGGACUAUACUUUUAAGCGUCAUCUCUUUAUUGAAUGAACCAAACACAUUCUCACCAGCAAAUGUGGACGCUUCAGUCAUGUUCAGAAAAUGGAGAGAUAGCAAAGGGAAGGACAAAGAAUAUGCUGAAAUCAUCAGGAAACAAGUGCUCUCAACCAAGGCCGAAGCUGAAAAGGAUGGGGUGAAAGUUCCAACCACACUGGCUGAAUAUUGCAUCAAGACCAAAGUGCCUUCUAAUGACAACAGUUCAGACUUGCUUUAUGAUGAUUUAUAUGAUGAUGAUAUAGAUGAGGAAGAGGAAGAAGAAGAAGAUGCUGACUGCUAUGACGAUGAGGACUCUGGAAAUGAAGAGUCGUGACGUGACGUACACAGGCCAGAGAAGGAGCGACACCAGCCUAGCACAGCCCAGGCCAGAACUUGUCACCCGCUGCAUGGGUUGUGAAAUGCUCCUUUUGAUUGGACCUCUUAACAGAUUGAAACCUCCGUACUAUAAUCCCACUAUAUGAUAACUGGAUCUGCUCUGUCUCUUCAAAACAAAUUGUCCACAUCUGAUUCUUAAGCCCUUCGUGUCAUGGAAGCCUAUGUAAGCGCCCAGUAAUUUGAUUAAGUUUUGGGAAGUGGGUGAGUGGGUAAAUAUGGAGGUGUAGCACUCAGUAGUAAAAUAGACUGCCAAGGUUAAGCUGCUCCUGUCACAAUAGUGUGCACCUCUUGAUAAAAAAAAAUUCUUAACUAUGUGGUGAAUUAUUCUUCUUCUAGGGUGGGGGAGGGGAAAUGGGGGAGUGUGUAAUCUACUGCUUUUUGAUUCUUAAAUAUGUUAGUCCUUAAAAAAAAUUUCUUUGGCAGUUUUUACAAGGAGUUUGCAUUGAGUUUUUUUUAUUGUAGUUGUAAACGUUCUAUCAUAUGCUGAGUUUGAUCAAGUUUUCUCAACUUUUCUAUUUUAAAAAAUUGUGGUCAAAGAUUUCCUGAAUUUUGCUUUAAAACACCCAAUAUUAGUGCUAUGUUUGCUGGAUCUUUGCCUAUUUAUCUUUUUUUGCAGUCCUGGAUUUUUCACUUGACAAACACGUUUACAUGAUGUAAGGCAAUGGUAAUAGAUCAGAGAAUUAUAUUAAAUAAAGAAUUGAAAACCAAUACAGUGCACUAAAAUAACAAUUGCUCCAAUUUCCAGUUACAAGACCGUGACAUUUUCUGUUUAUUCUCUACAAUUAAUUUUCUUUCCUGUAGGUAUCUGAAGCAUUUGUGUUGUCUUCUUUGCUAUAGAUUACUUUGUCUUUGCAUCUACUAAUAAAAUGCAAAUAAAAAUGCUGGUUUUGUUAUGAAA